GCAUCUCGUCGGCCACAGCACAAACCCGAGCUGCUGGCCCGGAACAGCAUUCCACGCUUCGGACACCUCCCGCUCCUCGUCCAGCCAAACCAGAACAAGUGCGCCGUGAUUGGGAAGCAGUUGGUGCAAAGGGCAGCUGUACGGCCGAAUCAGACUCGAGCUUGGAAUCUCGCCACAUAUCGCUUGCCUCUCGCCGUCCGCGCAGCUCGACCGACGGCAGCCGGGCUGAGGGCGGAUCACUGGGCAGUGGCAUUAGUGUGCUGUCCACAUCUCGGUGUCUUUACUCCCCACCCCUGUCGCCGUCCCAGCAAGUCAAGAGCCAUCCCCUGCUAUCGCGUCCCUGAAUGAGAUGGAUUCGGCAAAAGUCCCAGACAUCACCAUCCAGUUUCAACGCGUCAUUUGCUCAUCGCCCGGCGCUGCAGUCGAUUCACCGCGAGCAUUCCAGGCGAGCUGCAGCAAAGCCGCCAGCGGAUACUGGCAGCUCGCCGACGACCGGGGAGCCUAUCCCAUCGAUACCACCGACGGGCUGUCCAUCGACUUUUUCAUAUCCAUCUGCGGCGAGCAGUCUAUCCUCAAGAAUCUUGGAUUUGCAAAUGUGGCCGCGCUCGACGAGAUUCCCAGGAUCCGGCGGGACCAAAUCCGGGAUAUCGAUCUUCAGGUGAUCACGUCCAUACCUUACCAUCCGCCCAACAGCAGAUACGACGUCAAGUGGACCUGGAGGUACACCAAGCCACUGUAUAUGACAAUCGAAGGCGAUUUCGCCAUCACCAACUAUGCCUGUUUUAUCCACAAGACGACACUGGAAACCCUUGCCAUCUUUUUCUUCCUGACAAGCGCGGGUGUCGAGCGGCUGCCGUCAUCACCGACCCGCAGCAUGCUGGCCGAGACCAUCAUCCAGAAAUUCCUUCCAAAAUCCAGCAUCACAGCUGCCAGCAACGCAGGUGCAUUCGGCACAGGAGUCGCCGCUUCCGUUGCUGCAACCGCAAGCAAUUCCCUGACCGUCAAUCCUGCUUCCGAGGCUGGAGCUGAGAGAAAGUCCGUCUCGGCCACCGGCGACCAGCUCCCGCCGGCCAAUUCGACGCUGUGGUCAUUCAGCAGCACCAAUCCCAGUGGCAGCGAAAGAGGCAAAUCGAUGGAUGCCGGCAACACCGUCGAUCUCCUCAACAGCUAUUGCGAUGGACCGCUGCUGCGCUCAAGAAUCUCGGCCCUUGAGAAGAAGACCUCGACUCUCAAGCAGGCCGUCAAGCGGGUACUCAAGCAGUCGGCUAUCUACCUCGAGGCCUCGCGGCGUCAGGACGAAGAGUAUCAAAGUCUCGUCAACGGCAUCACACAGAUCCCCUUUGGCAACCAAAGUAUCAAGGACUAUCUCGAGGCCUCCCUCGUGGUCAUUCGAGAGGCCACAGACCACUUCCACAACCAGAUCCAGAACCUGAUUCUGGAUCCGCUGAGCAAGCUCUAUGCCAACGAGAUCAAAAAGUCCGAGUCGCGCAAGAAGGACUUUGACCAGGAGAGCUCGGAGUUUGACGAAAUCGAGCGAAAGUACCUCGCGACCAAGACUGGGGACCGAACAAAGAAGAAAUCCGAGCUCGACACCAAGUAUCACAUCCGUCGGAACCAAUUUGAUCUGAAACGAUUUGAUUACUGCUCAAGCCUAAGCGAGUUGCACGGGCCUCACACAGAGACGGAGCUGGCCUUCAUCUUCAUCAACUUUGCAAAGAAACAGCACUUGCUCUACCAGAUCAUACACACAAAACUCGACGACCAAAAGCAACUCUUGGAUAAACUUACGGGCGAGGUGUCCGAGUCCACCAAGACUGUCCACCACCAGCGCAAAGAACGAGAAGAGCUCCGCAAGCUCAUCGAGAAUCGCGGAGGCACCGCCGAUGAAAGCGGUCCCACCGGCGGUAGCCAUUCGAGCCCCAAGGAGGAGUCUAGAGGCAACCUGGUUCACUCAUACAGUGUGCCAAAAGUCGCAACCCUCGUACAGGUCCUCCAUCAAAGCUCGCAGCUGUCGAACGAAUCGGACACGAUGUCGAGGCGCAAGGAGGGGUUUCUCUUUGCCACAACGGCAACAUUGAUGAACGUCCCCGGAGUCAUUGGACCCGCUCAGUUUUCUUGGAAAAAGUUCUGGUGUGUCCUGUCGGGUGGACAGCUUCAGGAGUACACCAACUGGACCAAGCAGCUGGAGCCUUCGUACUCGGUUCAUCUGCGCCUGUGCACUGUCCGAGAGGCUCGAAAAGUCGAUCGGCGGUUCUGUUUCGAGCUCAUCGGCCCACACAUUGGUCGGCGGAUCUACCAAGCGACCGACGCCGAGGAGCUCAAGUCGUGGAUCCAAACGAUCCAGCGAUCCAUCGAGUCGCUCCUGGCAGGCACAGGCUCGCUGCUGGAUCUGACGACGACAAUCCACGAAAGCAACGGCUCCAACGGCAAAUCCGCUGGCAGUGAACUGCAGAUGGCAGUCCUGAAUGUCCUCCGGGAUGCUGACCCACAAAACCACGUCUGUGCGGACUGCGGCGCACGAGGCCCGGAUUGGGCCAGCAUCAACCUGGGCUGUUUAAUCUGUAUCGAAUGCUCAGGCACCCAUCGCAGCCUCGGAACACAUAUAUCCAAAGUCCGGUCCUUGACUUUGGAUACCGCCAGCUGGACACCAGAACUCAUCUACAUGAUGUGCGCGAUCGGAAACACUCUGACCAACGAGAUAUGGGAGGGAGCGCCAAGCGCCGUCGAGCAAAAGCCAAAGCCAAGUGACCGGAGAGAAGCCAAGGCUGCAUACAUACAGGACAAGUACGUGGCCCGCAAGUUCAUCAAGCCGUACCAACCGAUUGCCCUUGCCGAUCCGCCGCUCCCCUUGUCCAGCGACGACAUGCUGGUCGAAGCCAUACGCGAGGGAAACCUGACGACGGCCAUGUGGGCGAUGGCGCUGGGCGCCGACCUGAACAAGCCAUGGAACGGGCUGCCGCUGCUGCACAUGGCAUUGGGCUAUCCCCUGAUACCGAGUGCCAAGUCCUCCGAGUCGACGACCGCGAUCCCGUCGCAUCUGACCGAGUCGCCCUCAGUACCCUCGGUGCCCUCCACACUCAGUCUGGGGCCGAUGUCGUCCACCAGCCCCUUGGGGCCGCCUGGGCCACAGCCGCCGCCGCUUCUCCAGAACGCAGGCACAUCCCUGCAGUUGCCGCCAACGGCAUCGAUGGUACCGUCGGAUGCAGUCCUGAGCAACCCGUCAAAUCUGUCAUGCAGAUUCUCGAUCAUCAUUGACCAGCACCCGCUCGCACAAAGCACCCAGCGGUUUAUCAUGGCUGAGUUUCUGAUCCAGAACGGUGCCAGCGUCAAUGCCUGCGACGACUUGACUGUCAUUGCGCGCGUGCGGCUCAACGAGUAUGCCAACCUGCCAAACGUCUCGCACCUGGGGCUGCUCCACUACGCUUGUCUCUACCACGACUACGAGUGCCUGAGCUACUUGCUUUCCAAGGGAGCAGAGCCAAAGAUCCAGGAUAACUGCUCCCUGAUUCCGGCCUUCUACCUAUCCCAACAAACCAGCGCUUACCCACCAUCACCACUCGAGCUGGGUGUGUCGCUGCCGGCGCGGUUUGCGUGUAUCUGCGAAGAACGAAUCUGGAAAGAGAACAGCAACCAGUCGCACGGCAGUUUGGCGGCCUCGAAGUGACGAUGCUGAACAGCGAUCGGGAAACGGGCGAGGAAAGGCUUGAGGCCCGAGACUGGAGCGAGAAGCAUAGCAACCUGAAUCGCACAUGUAACGUCACCACCCAUCUUCACUGCACCAGCCAUGUAUUUCGCCAAUACAUUACAGGCAAUCCAAUAAAAAACGGGACACCCG